AUGUCGUACCCUAUCGAAACAAAUAAUAUAACAGGUCAGAAAUAUAUUGUGGAUGUAACACGCCGUCGUAGUAUUUGUUCAGUAGAUGGUUGUAUGUCUCAAGCUCAACGAAAUUCGCUUUGUACAAAACAUUUACGCUCGUAUGAUCGAACAAAACUUGCUAAUAGAACAGUUAAUAGUAAAACUUGUCAAAAUUUACGAAAUCAACAAUGUUCAAUGAAAAAGAAACGGUCGAGUAUUAAUCAAUGGUCCAAAUCUUCCACAAACCAGUUAUCUAACGAUAAAUCAAAUAUUAAUGUUAAUCAAAUUAAAGAAAUUUUCUCUGAAUUUCAACAUUGUUUAGGACAAAACUUAAAUGCUGAAACAUUUCCUGAAACUAAACAAUUAAGUUUAGAAAUUGAUGCUGAUACAAUAUCUGAAAAUUCCAUUGAAUAUGAUUACACUAAUCCAUCAUCGUUACUUCCAACAAAGCAUAUUGAACAUCGACAUGUAUCAAUCGCAACUAUUUACUUACUAGAUGAACAAUGGCAUCAACUUGAUUUAUUUAUCAAACAUUUUUCUCAAUAUGCCUCACUUUCGAAUAAUCUGGCUGUUAAUUCAUCAACUACACAUUUAGUUGUUGAUGAUUCUUCUCACCCACUUCAAUGUACGUUGUCGAAAAAGAUUUUUCAAGCUGUUGCUCGACGUAUAUUCAUCGUUUCAAUACGCUGGAUUGAAGAAUGCUUAAUGAGAAACAAAAUCAUUGAUGAAACUCCAUUUGAAAUUCACGGUGAUGCAACAAUGUCAACUAUGCAUCUAGCUCGACAGAACUCUAUUGUUCCAUUAUUUUCAUCAUCAGUAUCAUUUGCCAUUGAUUGUGCAUCAUUUCAAAAAGCAUUAACUCGUAAUGAAUUAGCUGAAUUAGUUAUAUUAAGUGGUGCAACAUUAUUCAAUUCUGAACAACUGUCAACACGAGACCAAUCGAAAACUCUUCUUGUACUUGCUGAUGCCAUAGCUGAUCGCCACCAAUUAGAAAAUAAAUAUAAAUCAUGUCAUAUGAAUGUAAAAUUUCUUACACCGGGAUUUUUACUCAAAUCUAUAAUUUAUCAUCAACAACAACCAUUUGAAGAUUUUGAACUCUAG